AUGAAGGACCUUGACCAUCCCAGCAUCUGUAAGCUCUUCGAGACCUACGCCAAAGGGCGGCAUAUGUUCUUCGUGAUGGAGCACCUCGAGGGUGGCGACGUGGGCAACCGGCUGGUGGAGCAGGGCCCCCUGCCGGAGCCGAUGGCGGCGGCCAUUGCACGCCAGGUGUCUGGAGCGCUGCUCUACGCCCACUCGAAGGGCAUCGCCCACAGGGACAUGAAGCCAGAGAACAUAUGCUUUUGCAGCACCAGCCCGGACGAGUUCCGUGUGAAGGUGAUCGACUGGGGUCUCGGGAAGCACUUCAUCGAGGGCCGCUUGUGCUCCAGCGUGGGCACGAUCUCCUACACCGCCCCGGAGGUGCUGAUGGCCGUGAACCAGGACCAGGCCGCUGGGUACACGAGCUCGUGUGACCUCUGGAGCUUGGGCGUGACUGCGUACACCAUGCUCUCGUGCAAGGCGCCCUUCUGGGGCCAGCUGGAGAAGCAGCUCCGGAAGAUGCAGGACGAGCGUUACCCGCUGUCCGGAAGCAUCUGGGACGGCAUCUCGGACGAGGGCAAGAGUUUCGUCAGCCAGCUGCUGAAGUUUGCGCCGGAGGAGAGGAUCUCGGCUGCAGAGCUGCUCGGGCACCCGUGGACAGUGGGCCAUGCGAUGCCGAGGGACACGUCGUGCCUGGCAGAGGUGCUCCGGAACGUGGAGCGGUUCAGCCACGCCUCGGACAUCCUGUUCUUCUGCACCGCGUCCCUGGCGAGACAGCUGGACCACCGAAGCCUCACCAAGAUCUACCGGGCUUUCAGCUGGCUGGACGCGGACGGCGACGGGCGGCUCGCGCUGCCGGAGUUCGCCAACGGCUUCCGGGAGGUCUUUGGCGCCGACAGUGGGGAGUUCCGCGAUGUGGAGAACGUGUUCGACAGGCUCGAUUUCGAGCGGACGGGCUCCCUGAGCUACACUACGUUCUGCGCGGCGGGGAUCUCGGAGGACUACCACACGGACGACGACAUGCUCCUCGCCGCGUUCAAGACCUUCGACGUCCUGGACAACGGGAGAAUAUCGCCAGAGGACAUGCAGGAGGUGUCGUCGGCACCGGUGUGGAAGGACCUGGCAAACCACGUGAUGGAGAAGAUGGGGAGGCAGGAAGGCGGCGUCAGCUUCGAGGAGUGGGCGAUGCUGGUGCGCGAGAGUGCAAGGGCGGGGUCCCUCUCCGAAGACUUGGCGAUGCUGGCGCGCUCCCAUCCCGGGGCCGAGGCGUUGAUCGGGCUGCUGAAGGGCCAGCUCGACAGGUGCGGCCCCGAGCACCUUCACGGGCAGCCUGCGGUGGUGGCGUCCUGCCCGCCACUCUGCUUGGUCGGCCCGAUGGGAGGCCUGCCGACGAAGUUGCUUGGACACCUGCUGAGGGUGGACAUGGAGCGCUUCGGUCGGAACGAGAAGAAACUGCAUGAGGAGGGUCAUCUGCUGGCCGCCGAGGUGCGGCGUGAGGAGGGCCUUGCCGACGAGGAGGCUGGACUCCCCGCGCUCCCAGCACCGCCCGUCGACGCGCCUGCUGCCAAGGCUCUUGCCGAUCGUGCUGGCGCUGGUGAUGCUGCUAGAGCUGGUUACCGCCUUGGUGACGAGCUGCUUGCUGGGACCGUCCCUAGCCGCAUCGCAAACGACCGCGGGAUCGUCGAGCUUGCUGACGGGACCAUGCUGGCGGUCGCGAAGGCGGGGACCCUGGACGGCGCGGCCACCCCGCGCGACGGCGACAAGGCUGGCGAGCGGGACCUGCGCACCCUCCCCGUCAGACUUCUCUCGGAGGCAGUCGACAUCAUGUCCACCAGCGCGAAGGGCGACUGGCCAGUGCUGGGGCCACGCACGACUCUCUGGCUGCUGCAGCAGUUCAAGCGGCUUGGCCAGACACCUCUACAGCGUCACGUGUGGUGGAGGCAGAUCCAAAACCUCACUGCGGCGGACGCUGGGGUCGACGAACGCCAGUUUCUGUCAGAGCUCCUGGAGAUGGGCGCGACCAAGGAUCAGCUCAAUGAAGGGGAGCUCGGGAUCUUCGAGGCCGUUUCUCGGAGGUAUCAACUGUGGGAAGAGGUGUGCGUUAAUCGUCUUCGCGAACAAGAGGCUGGCGCCCUCCGCAUCCCAGGAGGCUCAGCUUGGCUCGACGAACGCGAGAUAUUCCUCGGACAAGAGCGUGGGGGCAGAAGCGCAUUGGUUUCGCCAGAACUGCAGACUUGGGUGGCAGGCCGUCUUCAGUCUGAGGCCGCAGUUCUCAAACAGCGUCGUAAAGGUCGCGAAGAGAAGAUUAUUGCUCGUGGUGGAGUCGCUGACGAUGCGCCUGCAGCCAAAACCAAGGCGAACGCCAAGGGGAAGGCGGGUGCAGAGGGGGCAACUUAG